AUGGAAGAUGAAGAAAGCCAGGUCUGGGUCUCAACCCCCGGCAAACUACGCAAUGAAAGAAACGAAGAGAAUUCCAUGUUCAAAGCCCUACGCAGAGAAAGAACCGACAAGUCCUUCUUGUUUAUUUUCUUUGGGAUUCUGGUCGUCUGCAUCGCAGUCUUGUUGGUUGUCGCAUUGUUUGUUCUUCGGGUCAAAACUCCUGAGGUCAAACUGAGAUCCGUAAAGAUGAAGAGUCUCAAGUACUCAUUUUGGCCGCCUUCGUUUAAUACAACUCUAUCUGCGCAGAUGACUGUAAAGAACCCCAACUUCGGCUACUACCUGUUCGAGCCGAGCACGGUGAGCUUCUUGUAUGGUGGGAGCAGAGUUGGGGCUUCAAGAUUGGGGAAGGGGGAAGUCAAAUUGUUAACGACGGCGACGUUGAGUUUCGGCAUGGAUGUGAGAUCCAACAGCCUACCGGAGGGUCGUAAUACUUUGAUCCGUGAUCUUAACUCCGGAAUUUUGAAGUUGAGCGCUUCUGGAAGUGUGAGUGGCAGAAUGAUAUUAUGGAAGAUUGUAAACCAGAGCAAGACCAGUAACAUUGACUGCAGCAUGACGCUUGUUUUAAGGACUAAGACGAUCAAUGAUUUGGUAUGCAGAUAG